AUGGAUAUAAUGAAUGGAGUGACCUAUAAUGAUGUGCAUAUCGACUUCACUUGGCAAGAGUGGACUUUGCUGGAUCUUUCCCAGAAGAAUCUCUACAAAGAUGUGAUGCUGGAGACCUAUUGGAACCUUCUUACAAUAGGACACAGUUGGGAAGACCAUAAUAUUGAAGAACAUUGUCAAAGUUCUAGAAGAUAUGAAAGGCAUAAAAGAAGUCAAACUGGAGAGAAACCUUCAAUAUAUACUCAAUGUAUUAAGGCUUUUGAACGUCUCAGUACUCUUCAAAUGCAUGAAAAAACACAUACUAGAGAGAAUUCCUAUGAAUGUAAUCAAUAUGAUAAAACCUUUGCAUGUUACAAAAGUCUUCAAAUGCAUCAAAGAACACGUACUGGAAAAAAACCCUAUGAAUGUAAUCAGUGUGGUAAAGGCUUUGCACAAUUCAAUCUUCUUCAAAUACAUCAAAGAACACACACUGGAGAGAAACCCUUUGAAUGUAAUCAGUGUGGUAAAGCCUUUGCAUAUGUCAGUAAUCUUAAUGUGCAUAAAAGAACACAUACCGGAGAGAAACCCUAUAAAUGUAAUCACUGUGAUAAAGCCUUUGCACGACACAGUCAUCUUCAAAGGCAUCAAAGAAAACAUCCUGGUGUGAAACCCUAUGGAUGUAAGCAGUGUGGUGAAGCCUUUGAAAGUCACAGUCAUCUUCAAAUGCAUAAAAGAACACAUACUGGAGAGAUAAGCUAUGAAUGUAAUGCAUGUGGUAAAACCUUUGUAUGCCCCAGUCAUCUUCAAAUACAUCAAAGAAUACAUACUGGAGAGAAACCCUAUGAAUGUAAUGAGUGUGGUAAAGCCUUUGCAUCUCGUGGUCAUCUUCAGACACAUAAAAGAGUCCAUACUGGAGAGAAACCCUAUGAAUGUAAUCAGUGUGGUAAAGCUUAUGCAUAUGUCAGUGCUCUUCAGAUUCAUAAAAGAAUACAUACUGGAGAGAAACCUUAUGAAUGUAAUCAAUGUGAUAAAACCUUUGCAUGUCACAAAAGUCUUCAAAUGCAUCAAAGAACACAUACUGGAGAAAAACCCUAUGAAUGUAAUCAAUGUGAUAAAGCCUUUGCAUGUCACAAAGGUCUUCAAAUGCAUCAAAGAACACAUACUGGAGAGAAACCCUAUGAAUGUAAUCAGUGUGCUAAAGCCUUUGCCUAUAUGAGUGCUCUUAAAAUGCAUGAAAGAACACAUACUGGAGAGAAACCCUAUAAAUGUAAUCAGUGUGGUAAGGCCUUUGCACAAUUCAGUACUUAUCAAACACAUGAAAGAACACAUACUGGAGAGAAACCCUAUGAAUGUAAUCAGUGUGAUAAAGCCUUUGCACAACACAGUCAUCUUCAAAGGCAUAAACGAACACAUACUGGAGAGAAACCAUAUGAAUGUAAACAGUGUGGUAAAGCCUUUGCAUGUAUGAGUAAUCUUCAAAAUCAUGAGAAAAAAUCAUGCUGCAAAAAAAUCCUAUAAAUAUAGUCAUAGUGGUAAAGUUUUGCACUUUAUAUAGGAGUAAAUCUUUCUAUGUGCAAUCAAUCUGUUAAAGCCUUUCCAUAUUACAGUAGUCUUCAGCUAUCUGAAAAAGAUACUGAGGGCAUCUUAUUAUAAAGUAUUUGGUAAGAUCUUUAUCCAACACACUUAUAAUUAGUUACACAGGAGUGCGUAUUUUGUAGAAAAAUAUUUGACAGUGUUAACAAUCUGUGCAAUAAUUAUGGUGUCCUUUUUUAUAUUGUUUGCACUAGCAAACUCAUGGGAAAAAAUUUAUGUUUUUUUAUGAAGGCUUUGUACAGGGUAAAAGGGCCAGCCACACAAACACACUGACCAUGAAAAUAGAGCCAGUGAAAGACACACUCUUUGGCCCUGAAAUCAGUUCCAAAACCAUACUCUGACCCUGAAACUAGAAUCAAAGAAACACACUUUGUCCCUGAAUCAAGAGCCAGUGAUAGAAACACCCUGACCCUGAAACCAAACCCAAAAUGUUAAAAGUGGCCAGUGAAAGAAGUACACUUUGGACCUGAUAUCAGAGCCAAAGAAACAUACUCUACCUUUGACCAACUAAGCACAAAACCAACCAUUCCCUGAGCUUGAUACCAACCGAUCCCUGAGCAUGAAAUCCAGCCAAUCUUUGAGCUUGUUCAAGCCCUGUGCCUGCUCAGUUGGCAGCUGCCUUUUACCACCCUGGCAGAGGCAGUCACUCUCCUAAAUUCCUUCCUCUCAAAUAAAUCUGUUAAAUAAGUUUUGGGUGAAAACCUUUCACUGGAGCAGAUCAGAAACUCAGUAUUACAUUGGAGCAGAGAAACAAUGGACACCUCUGUUAGAAAAUUCCCUUAAAGGAGCAAAGCAGAAGUAACAACUUUUUGCCAGAGACUGCUGCAUUUCUGCAGCAGUUUCCCCUUUACUUGAAUGAAGCAGAGAAGUAACAUUUUGGCCUGGAACUUAGAUGAAAUAAUACCUUUCUCCUCACAGCAGUAGGUAUCCAGGAUAUCUUUCCUUCACAGCUGUAGGUAUAGUCUGACUUCCAACAGUCAGGGUACCUUUCUCUUCAGAGCUAAAGGUAUCCAGGAGACCUUCCUUUCACAGCUGUAGAUAUAGCAUGAUUCUGGUAGUCAGAGUACCUUUUCCUCUAGAGCUUUAACACUUGCACUAUGAAUUUAAACAAUAACAUAACCCUUUCAGAUUUUAUACUUCUCUUCAAUUACAUGAAAUAACUAAUUCAGGUGUAAACUUUUAUGAAUUUGUAUUAGCUCUUUUUUCAUUGUGAUAUAACUUAUAAAUGAGUUUAAUUUGGCCCUUGGUUCCAGAAGGAUACAUGAAUACCAUGAAAGUGGCAUGGCAAUAAGUGUCAGACAUGGCAGCUAAAGCAGGAAGCUAAGAACUCACAUCCUUAACCUGCAGCAUGAAGCAGAAUUGGAACUGGAAAUAGUGUGUGGAUAUAAACUCACAAAGCCUUUCCCCAGUGACAUAUUUCCUUUAGCAGAGCAGCAUCUCCUGAAUACUCCCAAAUGAAACCACCAACUUAGAAGGAUUGAUUUCUCAGACUUCAUGCCUAAAUGUUGCUCUUUGUUACAUGAACCAAUUCAUGGUGAAGAAAAACUUUGUAUGUAAGCCAUUGGAUGCCUCAACCACUUGUGUUACAGGAAUGAAUGCCUCCAAAAGAAAAUCAUUCAUGAAUAAAAAAUGGUUUGUUUAA